AGGGGAGGAUGGGAUAGGGAAGGGGGGAUUGGGGGUAAUUAGGUACGGUCUGAGGAAGGAGACCGACAGGUCUAAUUCCUCAGACCAAGAGCCUCUUCACCACACAAAGGAGCCCCCCUUGAAGAGGUGCACUUUCAUUAAAGGUUCCAUUGUUAUCCAUCCCAAGAUGGGAUGGAUAACAGCAGAGCAUAAUUUGGGUUCUUGUAAAUAAACACAAACAGGGGAAAACUGGGAAAGCAACACCUGGAGCUCACCCUGGUUACCUCUGAGGCAGUGGAGAUUCCACUAAAAAUAAGCCAGGAUUUGUGAAGAAAAAGAUACAAGAAUUCUGAAGGCAGAGGUAUCUAUGGACUAGUAAGGAUAGAAAAGUCCACAUGUAGAGGUAGCAGAAAACUUUAAAGCAGUAAAGGAUUGGGAUGCUGUGAAGAAAGGAGUUGUGCAGAUGGAGAAGAGUGAAGAGGAGGAACAGGAGGUGCAUCACUGUCCAUCAAUGGUCUAGUCUCCUCAAUAUAUUCUGAUAUAGCUUCAAGUGUUUCUGAGGACAAGGACAUUGUAUGUAGUACAAUACUGGAAAUGGAAGAAGGGCGACUUAAGAUCGGGGAGACAAUGGACUGUACCAAAGUAGGGGGGAACAACGAAAGGGUAGAGGGAACUAGAGAAGAAGUUUGGGAGGGGACAGGAGAGGAAGUGACCUGGGAAGGGGCAGAAGAGGAAGAAACUUGGGAGGAGGCAGGGGAAGAAGGUACUGUAUUAGGAGGAGGAUGAAUCUCCACACUCCUAACAGAGCCAGUUAGAGGCAAAGAACUGGGUACAGAGUCUGGGAAGGACAAAUGAGCAGGUUGCAGAAGGGAAGGAAGGAUGAAAGGAGAUUUUAACAAUGGGAAUGUUUCGGACUUAGGAGAGGGGCGAUGGGGAGUAGGUGUUGUAUGAGGUCUCAUAGACACAGAAACUUGUGAGUUAGAACAGGUAGAGGUUAGAACAGAAUGACAUGCAAAGGUAGAGACCUCUGAGUCCAGGACAGCAAAAGAAUUAGAGACACAGGUGGCUGUGGAAGGGAUGACCACAGAGGAGGCUGCAGGUGGGACCCCAGAUGAGGGGGAGAUGUUUAGUAACUCAUGAAUACGAAAUAUGGGGAAGUUUCCCUUGAGGGCACAGACGAUAGACUGCCAUAGCAUAUGGGAGGCCUUCUGCCUCUUUGAGACAAUGGAUUUAUGCACAUUUAAGUAAACUAGGCAAUGGUGAGAGUAAGAUGGGUGACCCUCAUGACAAUUUAGACAAGAGAGAGGUAGACUACAAGACAUGUUGAUAUGGUCAUCGACACCACAGACUGGGCAUUUGGUGACAGACCUGCAACAUUUUGCUGGAUGACCAAACAGCCAGCAAUUUCUACACUGCCGGGUUUAGGGAUCACCUUUUGAACUUGUAAACAGUGUCCCACUAUUCGAGGGCACAAAAAUUUUGCCCCAGUAUUCGAUGCGAUUCGUACAAGACGUGUCCACGUGUGGCCUGAACUGCCCCGUGUGUGCCAGUGUUUACAAGCCAGCCAGUGUGCGCGCAUCUAAGGAUACAUUCAGUACAUUCCAUAUUAUCACUGAUUUUGGUGCUUGUUUCUGCAAAAUAAGUCACUAUUGAAAUGAAGAAAGAGAUAAUUGCAAAGUACGAAAGUGGAGUGCGUGUGUCGGAGCUGGCCAGGUUGUAUAGUAAACCCCAAUCAACCAUCUCUACUAUAGUGACCAGGAAAACGGCAAUCAAGGAAGCUGUUCUUGCAAAAGGUGCAACUGUGAUUACGAAACAGCGACCACAAGUGUUAGAAGAUGUUGAGAGACUUAUUGAUGUGGAUAAAUGAAAAACAGAUAGCAGGAGAUAGCAUCUCUCAAGCGAUCAUUUGUGAAAAGGCUAGGCAGUUACAUGACGAUUUGGUAAAGAAAUUGCCUGCAACAAGUGGUGAUGUGAGUGAAUUUAAGGCCAGCAUAGGUUGGUUUGAAAGAUUUAAGAAUUGUAGUGGCAUACAUAGUAUGAUUAGGCAUGGUGAGGCUGCCAGUUCAGACCAAAAAGCAGCUGAAUAACAUGUGAAGGAAUUCAAGGAUUACAUAGACAGUGAAGAAUUUAAACCUGAGCAAGUGUUUAAUUGCGACGAAACAGGCCUGUUUUGGAAGAAAAUGCCAAGCAGGACCUACAUUACUCAGGAGGACAUUACUCCCAGGACAUAAGCCUAUGAAAGACAGGCUUACUCUGUUGAUGUGUGCCAAUGCUAGUGGUGAUUGCGAAGUGAAGCCUUUAUUGGUGUAUCACUCUGAAACUCCCAGAGUGUUCAGGAAAAAUAAUGUCCUCAAGGCUAAUUUGUGUGUGCUGUGGAGGGCAAACAGUAAGGCAUGGGUCACUAGGGACUUUUUCUAUGACUGGUUACACCAUGCAUUUGCCCCCACUGUGAAAAAUUACCUCCUGGAAAAUAAACUGAACCUUAAGUGCCUCCUGGUAUUAGACAGUGCUCCUGGUCAUCCUUCAGACGUGGCAGAGCGACUUUGUGGGGACAUGAGCUUCAUUAAGGUCAAGUUUUUGCCUCCUAAUACCACUCCUCUCCUGCAGCCCAUGGACCAGCAGGUCAUUUCCAACUUCAAGAAACUGUACACAAAAGCUAUGUUUCAAAAGUGCUUUGCAGUGACCACAGAAACUCAACUGACUCUAAAAGUGUUUUGGAAGGAUCACUUUAAUAUCCUCAAUUGUAUAAACCUUAUAGGUAAGGCUUGGGAGGGAGUGACUAAGAGGACCUUGAACUCUGCUUGGAAAAAACUGUGGCCAGAAUGUGUAGACAAAAGGGAUUUUGAAGGGUUUGAGGCUAACCCUGAGAAGUGUAUGCCAGUCGAGGAAUCCACUGUGGCAUUGGGGAAGUCCUUGGGGUUGGAGGUUAGUGGGGAGAAUGUGGAAGAGUUGGUGGAGGAGGACAAUGAUGAACUAACCACUGAUGAGCUGCUAGAUCAUCUUCAACAGCAAGAGGCCAGACCUGAGGAAACUGCUUCGGAGGAGGGGAUAGAGAAUUGAGAAAGUUGCCUACUUCAAAGAUUAAGGAAAUGUGUGUAAUGUGGCUUAAAGUGCAAACCUUUGAUGAAAAUCACCCUGACACAGCUACUGCAAGCUGUGUUGGCAACCUGUAGAAUGACAAUGUUGUGAACCACUUUAGUUAAGUCAUAAACGAACGAGAGGUACAGGUCUCUAUGGACAGAUAUGUUGUGCAACAGAAGUCCAGUGACUCUCAAGCUGGUCCUAGUGGCAUUAAAAGAAGGGAAGUAACCCAGGAAAAGGACUUGCUACCUCAAGUCCUAAUGGAAGGGGAUUCCCCUUCUAAACAAUAACAACUUCAACACUCUCCCCUCCUCCCAUCCCAUCAAUCACCACCAGAUCUUCAUUAAAGGUAAGUGUCAAUUAUUCUAUUGUUAUUGUUGUUAUUGUAAUUAUUCUAUUGCAUUAAACUUAAUAUUUCAUGUGGUAAAAAUUUUUUUUAUAUACUUUUGGGUGUCUUGCAUGGAUUAAUUUGAUUUCCAUUAUUUCUUAUGGGGAAAAUUGAUUCGCUUUUCGAUAAUUUCGGUAUUCGAUGAGCUCUCAGGAACGGAUUAAUAUCGAAUACCUGGGGUCCACUGUAUAUAUACAGAGGAUGGAAGCUCAUGGCAGUCAAAAGUUAAGCAAGCUACA